GAAGAUUGAAUGAAGAUCACAGUUGAAUGUGUGAAGCGAGCUUCACUCCUCACUCAUACGUUUUUAUAAUCCCAAUCGCAGCCUUCUCAUGACACUCUAUCUAGCUCCUUCCACCUUCGUCGACCCUUCCCCUCUCUUAUUUUUUUUAUUCAUUCACGCAAAUUGGGAUUAGGGUUUAUCUCAAUUCGCACUGUACAAUUUUGAAUCAGGAGCUUCGUUCUAAUUCAUUUCCCUCCUCUCUCUGCCAAUAAAAUCCGCGCCAGAACCAAUAAUCGGGGAUGCUAUUUUCUAGCUGUAAAUCCAGUUCCCCGCAAGUUCGUCACGUAAUUGAGAGUGCAUUAGGGUUAGGAUUAGGGUUUUAGAUUUGUUUUUAUUUAUUUAUUUGAAUGGACAUGGAGAGCACGCGUAGAUCGUUGGAUAGAUCGAGAGAACCGGGCACUAAGAAGCCUCGAUUGAUCGACGAACUCGACCGUAGUGCUCGACCGUUACCUCAACGACAAGCAGGGUCUGGGGUGGUUACUACGUUGGCGUCUACGAGGUUUCGAACAAACGACAGAGACUCCGAAAGCAGCGAUUCGGGUCGCGGCGGCGGGUACCACCCGCAGCCACCGCCGCACCAAGAGCUCGUGACUCAGUAUAAGACCGCGCUCGCUGAGCUCACUUUCAAUUCGAAGCCGAUAAUUACAAACUUGACUAUCAUUGCUGGAGAGAAUCUAUCUGCUGCUAAGGCAAUUGCUGCCACUGUUUGUGCAAACAUUCUAGAGGUUCCAAGUGAUCAAAAGCUGCCAUCUCUUUACCUCUUAGAUAGUAUUGUUAAGAAUAUCGGGCGGGAUUAUAUAAAAUAUUUUGCUCCCAGACUACCUGAGGUACUUGCCAAUUACUACUUUACAUUUUAGGUAUUCUGCAAGGCUUACAGACAGGUUGAUCCUUCUGUCCAUACAAGUAUGAAGCAUCUUUUUGGAACAUGGAAAGGAGUGUUUCCUCCUCAGACCCUUCAGGUGAUUGAGAAGGAACUUGGUUUUGCACCUGCAGUCAACGGUUCAGCUUCAGUUUCUGCUACAGUCAGGAGUGAUUUGCAGUCUCAACGCCCUCCUCACAGUAUCCAUGUGAAUCCCAAGUAUUUAGAAAGGCAGCGUCUUCAGCAGUCAAGUAGGAGUAAAGGAGUAGUUAAUGAUAUGACUGGAGCUAUUUUAAACCCAAAUGAGGAUUCAGAGAGGCCAGAUAGAGCUUUGGUUGCUGCAAGACCAUGGCUGGAUCCUAGGAUUAACAUGCAUAAUAAUCAGCAUACUCAUAGAGAUGCAUUUAAUGAUUCUCUUCCUGAAAAGAGUAUCAGUGGGUCAUAUGGAAGCAGUGAAUAUAGUUCUGGCAUUUCAAGUAAUUUGGUCUCAGGGGUUGGAAGAACUGGAAGUAGACUCAUUGAUUUAGGGCAUGACAAAACUUGGUUCAAAACAGGUAGUGGUGUUGCAGAGAACAUAUCUGGGCAAAAAAAUGCUUUCAGUCUCCAGCCUGGUUUUUCAAAUCAUGAAGCACCAAAGUCGAUGAAUUUGGAUGCACAUCGUCAGCAAACACAGAACCUAACUAACAUAAGAAGCAAUGUCAUGUCAAGUAACUGGAAGAAUUCUGAGGAAGAGGAGUUCAUGUGGGAUGAGAUGAACUCUGGUUUGAUUGAUCAUGGACCCAAUGUUUCUGGCAACUUGAGCACAGACACGUGGAUGGUUGAUGAUGAAAAUUCGGAAGGUGAAGAUCACCUCCAAAUUGCACGCCCUUUUGGGGCAAAGGUUGAUAGAGAAUUAUCCACCGUUAAGAAACAACUACCUGGUUCUGGGGGCCAUCCACCAUCAUCAUGGCAAUUGCAGAAGCAGCAUUCAAUUGAUAAGUUGAAUCUAAAGUCAGGUCACUCAGAAGGAUUUGUGUCCAGUCUUAGUGGCUUACCAGGCAAUACAAGUUCUUUGGCUGUCAGGAUGGGGAAUCGAUCGUUUACGCCAAAUGCAACAGCAGGAAUGGCCAAAGUUGUUGGACAACAAUUUGAUUCUGGGGGAACCGAAUCCCCUUCUGGGCAGUCACCUUUGCGACAACAGUCUCCAACACUGCCAGUAACAGUACACCACCCUCCAAUGCAAAAUUUGGCUGAGCAAGAAAUUCCCCAGAAUCUUAAACCAUCUCAAUUUUUGGGAGGUCUUAGAAGUCAACAUAGUAGAGAUCCCUCACCUACCAGCCGUCCCAAUGUUCAGGUUGGUCAUGUGCGAAGAUCCCAGGAAAAGGACAUGCAGGGUCCAUUAUCUUCUGUAACUUCUUUUCGACCAAAGCUUCAGCAACAGCAGCUGCCCCCUUCUCAGACUGAAAUUACCUCUAAAACUAAGAAGCCACCCCAGACUAAAGUUUCUUUAGUCAGAGAAACUUCAGAACAGUCCACAAAUAAUUUUUCGGCUGUAGCUAUCAAGAGUGGAAUCAUUCCCAACAAGUCUACUGCCAGUAAUCUUCCUACGUCAAGUAAUCUGGAUGCAAGGAAUCUUCCAUCUCAAUCUGGGAUUCAGCCUACUCGGUCUGGUAGGCCUUCCCCUACCUCAUUAAUUUCUUCACGGCCUGUGGUUGCAUCACCAUCUUCAUUAGGUCCUCUGAAUAAUGAUUCAUCUACACUCCCAAAAAUACUUCAAGGAAAGGCUGGACAACCACAAAGGAUUUCCUCUCAACCACCUGCUUCCUCUAACACGAGCAGUUCCUCAGGUCUGAGCUUAAAUGCUGCCAAUAGUAGUACCGUAAAUCCAAUUGCAAACCUUUUAAGCUCGUUAGUUGCAAAGGGUUUGAUAUCUGCCGAAUCAGAAUCACCAAAUAUGGUACCAAACGAGGUGCCAAUGGGAUCCAAAGAUCAAACUGAAAUCAUUACCACCAGUUGCUCUUUGCCAGUUACAUCAGUUUCUGGUUCGGCAGCUGUCCCAGUAACAUCUUCCAGAGAUGUAGUAGAUGCUGCUACAAAAACUGCUGUUGCCUUGCCUCAAUCAACUAGCACUGAAAUCAGAAAUCUCAUUGGCUUUGAAUUUAGACCUGACAUAAUUCGAGAAUUCCAACCUCCUGUAAUUAAAGAAUUAUUUGAUGAUCUCCCACAUCAUUGCAGAAUAUGUGGUAUUAGGCUUAAACAAGAAGAACAGUAUAAUAGACACUUAGAGUGGCAUGCCACAAGAGAAAAAGAACAAAAUGGUCUAAUCAGGGCAUCAAGAAGAUGGUAUCCAAAGUCAAGUGACUGGAUUGCUGGCAUUUCAGAAUAUACAUCGGAGUUAGAGUUUAGUGACUCUGUUGAUGUACGUGACAAAAAAUCAGACAGCAGUCAAUUGGAUACUUUGGUUCUAGCAGAUGAAAACCAGUGCUUGUGUGUAUUGUGUGGCGAGCUAUUUGAGGAUGUGUAUUGUGAGGAAAAGGACGAGUGGAUGUUCAAAGGGGCAGUUUACAUGAAUUACUUAGAUAGCAAUAGUGAGAUGGAAAGUAGAAAUAUGGGUCCCAUCAUUCAUGCCAGAUGCUUAUCAGAGAACUCAAUAUCAAGUGCCACCAAUACGGAUAAUGAUUAAUGGUUUGCUUCUACAGCAUUGGAGCUAUUGCGUAGUCAGAAGCUUACCAAGGGUACCCACUACCGAGGUUCACUUUGCAUACUAAAUUUUGUGCUCUUUUUUGUUUAUUUUUCUUGUACUCGGGAAAAAAAUUAUCUAUUGUUCAAAAUAUAUAAAUGCGAGAUAGUUUUUUGCAGCUAAACUUGGUCGUUGAUGUGAUUGUGUUAGCUUUAUUUCCCUAUGGUGAAGCGGAUUUUGCACAUUUAACGUAUCUGGCGAUAAUACUGGGAAAGAACCAAGGCCAUGUUCAUCCGAAUGUCUGAUAACGUUAUCUGUGUCAGUAAAAUAACAACGAUUUUGAUUUCCUACUCAAUUUUCCGCUGUUAAAUUUUCCCGGGCAUUGCUUUCGUGAUUUUCUCAGCUUCAUAGACAGUAUUGGCUCUUUGUACUGUUUCUAGGUAAUUGUUGACUUAUUUUUCGGUUGUCGUUUUUUGGGUGAGAGGUGUAUUCCCCUUGUUGGGUGCUCCAAACUUUUGUUUAACGUACAGACAAAUUUCAUCCUAAUUCUGCUAGGUAAAUGCGGGACUGUCUCCUCUAUUACCUAGUUAUGUCAGCAGUUAGUCUUAAUUGAAAGAGUAACGCUACUCCGAAAGGUGUUGUAUAACUAAUUGACAGUGUAUUGUGCAACUAAUUGACAGAUAUCUGGUCAACCAUCCUGUCUCCCUGUUAAUAUUUUUUAAUCAUUUUCCCCUACAUUUAGGA